AUGACAACGAUUUGCAAAGCGACUAAUAAAAAUAUUUCAUUAGAGUUAUUAAAAAAUACAGUAAAAGAAAAAUGGUUAUCUGUUAAUUUAAGAGACUUUAAAAUACCUACAUUACCACAAAAUCUAAAUUUUCAUCAUAAAACAAUUUUGAAAGAAAAAUACGUAGUCCAAGUAGAAAGUAUGAUUGAUUGUUGUAAGCCGUACUACUCUCAACUACUGAGCAUUCAAAAUGUCAAUAUUGAAGACGCUGAAAAUAAAGAGUGGAAAAAAAGUGAAUAUAAAAGAUGCCUUUCAUUAGUUGUUAGUGAUGGAGUUCAGGAAUUGAAAGCUAUGGAAUACAAACCUAUAAAACAGUUAAAAUUAAAUGAUCCUAAUCUUCAACCUGGAUUUAAAAUGCUUAUCAAAGGUCCAGUGGAGUGCAGAAAAGGAGUAAUUUUAUUAAAAGAAGAAAAUGUAUUUAUUUUGGGUGGGAAAAUUGAAUCUUUAGCAUUAACUAACAAUUUAAAAUCAAUUUUAAUAAAAAAAUUAGAAUUAAAUGAGGAAGAUUUUAUAGAAAUGAAUUCUGAUGUUAAUAAUGAUAAUAUUCAAGUGUCAGACAAUACUAAUUUUAGUGAAUUAAAUAGUGAAAAUGUUGAAACUCUUUUAUCAGAAAAUGAUGACUUAUUUUUUAAUGUGCCUUUUGAUGAAAAGGAUGUGACAGAAAAUAAAAUAUCAAAUAUUAAUAAUUUGAAUAAUGACAAAAUUAAUGAAAGUACUUCUGAAACUAUGGAUGUUUGCUUUACUUCAAAUGACUCAAAUAUUUAUACUAAUCAAAAUGUACAUCCAACACAAAAUAUAGAUGAUGAUGAUGAUGAUAUGUUAAUCGAUGAAUAUUUUGAACCUAAAUUUAAAAAACAUAAUCUACCACAAGAAGAUAAAAUUGUGCCAAAUCCUAAAAAAAUAUCUAUAGCUAAAUUUGAUGACAUGGAUACAGUUUUUGAAGAUAUGAGAGAGGAAAAAAAUUUAGAAAACAAUUUAUUUUUUGACAAUGAUUGGAAACAAGUUUUUUGUGAUCAACAAAAUCCUGAAAAUUUUUCCAACAAAUUUUCACAAAAUAAUUUACCGGAUAGAAAGAAAAAUGAUUUUCUUAACAGUUCUUCUUCAUUUGUUUCAAUAAAUCAACAAGUAGCAAUAAAUAUGAAUUCUUCAAAAAUCAGUAAUAAACCUUUUGUUUAUUUAAAACAUAUUAAACAAAUAAAAUAUCUAAAUCACCCUUGCAUUUUCACAAUCAAAGCCAUGAUUCUAACCUUGAAAAAAAAAAUAACAUUAGAAAAUGAUAAAUUUUCUUUGCAAGCAAUCAUCACAGAUGGGUCAGAAUGUUUAGAUGUUACUUUUACUUCUAACAUAUUAGAAAAUAUUCUUAAUUACAGUCCUUGUGAACUACAAGCUAUGAUGAAGGAGAAAGAACAAAACAGUGCAAUAGGUUGUAAAAUAAAAGAAAUUUUUAAAAAAGCCCAGGAAAAAUUUAUAUCAUUAAAUUGCCUUAUGAAAAUUAAAUUUUUCCCAAAUGAAAACCCCCCAAUCGUUUUACAUUUGGAAGAUUUGACCCCAUCACACCUCAAUCAACUUAAAAAUAGAUUAGACAUUUCUUAG